UUGUCACUUGCGAAGCGAAUUUAUUUGGCGAAGCGAACGCUUUGGCGAACAUACCCUAAAUUUGCAUUGUGAAUGGCGAAUGAACGUAUUCGCUAAAAUAUGUCGUUGCCAUUCAUGAAAAAAGUAGCGCGUUCAUCCGAAUUUGACAUUUGUGUCAUUUAUACUUAAAAAUAUUUAUUAUUAUAUCAACUGAAAUUCGAAAAUAUGUUUAUUAACGCGGAUCUGUAUUUUGAGGAUAAUUACGAUGUGGAAACGCGAACUAAUCUUCUUCGACAGCGCCGUUUUAUUAGAGAUAAUUCUAAUCCUACAGAGCUACCUAACACGGUAUUUGUUGCGAAUUUCCGCUUAAACAAGGGCGCAUUUAUGUAUGUGCUGGAUAAAAUCAAAGACAAAUUUCAUUGUCGGAUGUCGUCUUCCAUAACGCCGAUGUUAAAAUUGUGUGCCGCGCUCAGAUUUUUUGCACAUGGCAGUUACCAACAAGCUAUAGGGAAUGAAUUUCAGUUGGGACUUGCUCAGCCAACAGUUUCCCUUAUUUUAAAAGAGAUCAUACCCAUUUUGGAAAAUGAAAUUUGUCGUACCCAUAUAAGCGUAGAUAUGAGUGAAGAAGAAAAGCAGCAGGCAAGAAGCAAAUUUUAUUCAAGAUCGGGAAUACCAAAUGUAAUAGGCUGCAUCGAUGGAACCCAUAUUGCGAUUUAUGCUCCUACCACAAACAAACACCUCUAUCUAAACAGAAAAGGAUUUUUUAGCAUAAAUGCAAUGAUUGCUUGUGAUCAUGAUAUGAAUAUCCGUUUUGUGGAUGCAAGAUAUGCUGGUUCUACACACGAUUCGUUCGUAUGGAACAAUAGUUCUCUAAAGGCAUGUUUAGAGGCAGCGCAUCAAAACGGAGAUCAGAACUCUAUUUAUUUAGGUGACUCCGGAUACCCACUAAGCCCUUAUUUAUUAACACCUUUCCGUCAUGCAGAAUCUGGAACUAGGGAGUCAAUUUUUAAUAAAAAGCACUCGAAAGCGAGAAAUGUUGUUGAACGUACGAUUGGAGUUUUGAAAUGCCGUUUCAGAUGUCUUCUGAGUGAUAGAAAAAUGCGCUACGAUCCUGCUAAAGUAACAUCCGUUAUUAAUAUAUGCUGUGCCUUGCACAACAUUUUGUAAAAAAUUUAGAAUCGGUGAUCCGGAGGAGGCUGAAACCUUCUUUGAUGCCGUUGUACCAUUGGAACCAAUUAAUGAAAAUGGCAAUGGUUCACCAGGAGAGCGCCGCAGAAGACAAAUUGCUGAUGCUUUGAUGUAAAUGAAACUAUCCCGACUUCAGUGAAUAAUAUAUUGCAUUCUUUUAUUUUAUUCAAUACUUUGAAAUUCAAUAUUACAUAGAUAAUAAAUA